AUGCCCUUCCUGCACGGCUUCCGCAGGAUCAUCUUCGAGUACCAGCCGCUGGUGGACGCCAUCCUGGGCUCCCUGGGCGUGCAGGACCCCGAGCGCCCGGAGCCGCUGGCGGGGCCCGGGUACGUGCCCAGCGAGGAGAGCCGGCUGCUGGUGCUCACGGAGCUGCUGGAGAGGAAGGCCCACUCCCCGUUCUACCAGGAAGGCGUGAGCAACGCGCUGCUCAAGAUGGCCGAGCUGGGGCUCACCCAGGCGGCCGACGUCCUCCUGCGCCAUGGCGCCAACCUGCACUUUGAAGACCCGGUCACCUACUACACGGCCCUGCACAUCGCGGUCCUGCGAAACCAGCCUGACAUGGUGGAGCUGCUGGUGCGCCACGGGGCCGACAUCAAUCGCCGGGACCGGAUCCACGAGAGCAGCCCCCUGGACCUGGCCAGCGAGGAGCCGGAGCGCCUGCCCUGCCUGCAGCGCCUCCUGGACCUUGGGGCAGACGUCAAUGCAGCCGACAAGCAUGGGAAGACUGCCCUGCUCCACGCGCUGGCCAGCAGCGACGGCGUGCAGAUCCACAACACCGAGAACAUCCGGCUGCUGCUGGAGGGAGGGGCAGACGUGAGGUCGACCACCAAAGACGGGGACACGGUGUUCACCUGCAUCAUCUUCCUGCUGGGCGAGACGGUGGGUGGAGACAAAGAGGAAGCCCAGAUGAUCAACCGCUUCUGCUUCCAAGUCACGCAGCUGCUGCUGGCCCACGGGGCCGACCCCAGCGAGUGCCCCGCCCACGAGUCGCUCACGCACAUCUGCCUCAAGAGCUUCCAAGUGCACUUCCCCCUCCUGCGCUUCCUGCUCGAGUCCGGGGCUGCCUAUAACUGCUCCCUCCACGGAGCGUCCUGCUGGUCCGGCUUCCACGUCGUCUUCGACCGGCUCUGCUCGCACCCGGGCUGUGCCGAGGACGAGAGCCACGGGGACCUCCUGCGCAAAGCCGAGACCGUCCUGGACCUCAUGGUGACCAACUCCCAGAAGCUGCAGCUGCCGGAGAACUUUGACAUCCACCCGGUGGGCAGCCUGGCAGAGAAGAUCCGGGCCCUCCACGCCUCCCUGAGGCAGCUGGAGAGCUACCCCCCGCCCCUCAAGCACCUGUGUCGCGUCCACAUCCGGCUCCACCUGCAGCCGUGGCCCGUGGAUGCGAAGGUGCAGGCGCUGCCUCUGCCCGACAGGCUGAAGUGGUACCUCCUCAGCGAGCACAGCAGUCCCGUGGAGGCGGACAUCUGA